AUGAAUCAAGAAUGUUCUCGCAACUUAUCUAGCAUACCGACAUGUUUUUGCGGAAAAAUUGCAUCCUGUCGUCUAUCAGAGAGACCGGGAAUUCUUAUUUAUGAUUGUUAUUAUGUUAAACAUGCUAAUCCUUGGAAUUUAGGGAGUUUACUUGAAUAUGACAAUGAAAACCAUGCGAUCACAAAUGUAAAAUACAAAUUUUCUUAUUUGUCAGAAGAGGAAACUAUUGAAGAAUCCAUUUCAAUCACUCCACCCGCUUUAUCUACUUCAUUAACAUCAACCACGGAAGAAAUAGUUGAUAAUAACAUUGAAUCUGACCUUUGCAAACAAAAGGAAAAUAGUAUAUGCGGUUUUCAUGUACAUCAACCAAUAUGGAAUGAAUUAUGUUAUGGAAGAGGAUCGCAAAAGAAUCAUCCCGAGCUAAACACAUGUCCUUUUUUCAACUUUACAUAUUGCGUUUUCUUUGAAACUAUAAAUGGUUUUCCCAUCAAUACGCCUUCUGUGCCAAGAUGUUAUUGUAACAAACCAAUAGUUUUGAGAAGAAUCGGUGCGAAUAGUAAUAAUUUUGGAAAAUGGUUUAUGUCAUGUGCAAGUUACCAAGUAAUAUAUAUAUAA